GUACACACCACGGGGAAUACCUGCAACACCAGUCCCCAUAUCAUCUGCAUCUUCGUCCUUCAUUCUUCCCUUUCGUCUCCUUCCUCCCUCCCUGUUCCUCGUUCUUUUCGUCCGAGAGCGCAGCGUUCUUCCUUCCGCCUCGCCCUUCCUGCCGGCACAUUCAUUGCCCCUCCGAACGAGCAACGUCAUGGCCAGUGCCUCCUCCACGGGGAGCCUCAAGGGCAAGGCCAAUGCCAUGGGCAGGGCCUUUACCGCACACGACAUCAAUGGCCACGAUUUACCGCCCUCUCCGGCGCCCAGUUCACCGCGCGGUGGCCGGAAAUAUGCAUUGAUGACGGAGCUGGUGUAUACCGAGGGCUCCGACCAGUACAACGCAAGCAGUGUGCCUAUUUAUCAGUCAGCGACGUUCAAACAGAACUCGGCCACCGGAGGCGGCGAAGAGUACGACUACACACGCUCGGGCAAUCCCACACGCACCCAUCUGGAACGACAUCUGGCAAAGAUUAUGAAUGCGAAUCGCGCUCUGGUGGUGUCUUCUGGCAUGGGUGCCCUCGAUGUCAUAACGCGCCUGCUGCGGCCCGGCGACGAGGUCAUUACAGGAGACGAUUUGUAUGGUGGGACGAACCGGCUGUUGAAGUACCUCUCUGUACACGGAGGCAUCAUUGUACAUCACGUCGAUACGACGAAUCCCGAGGCAGUGCGCGCAGUGGCAAGCGACAAGACGACGCUGGUAUUGCUGGAGUCGCCGACCAACCCGCUGAUCAAGAUCGUGGAUAUCCCCUCAAUAGCCACCAUUGUCCACGACAAGAAUCCUUCGGCGCUUGUCUCAGUCGACAACACGAUGCUGUCUCCUCUGCUGCAAAACCCUCUCGAUCUGGGUGCGGACAUUGUAUAUGAGUCCGGUACCAAGUACCUUUCUGGGCACCACGAUUUGAUGGCCGGCGUUAUUGCCAUCAACGACGUGGCCUUGGGGGAGAAGUUGUACUUCACCAUCAACGCCUCCGGAUGUGGUCUGUCGCCUUUUGAUUCUUGGCUCCUUCUGCGAGGGGUGAAGACGCUUGGGGUGCGCAUGGAGAAGCAGCAGGCCAAUGCCCAGCGCAUCGCGGAAUUCCUCGAGUCGCACGGGUUCAAGGUUCGCUACCCCGGGCUCAAGUCGCACCCACAGUACGAGCUCCACUGGAGCAUGGCGCGUGGGGCAGGCGCAGUGCUGUCUUUUGAGACGGGCGACGUGGCCGUGUCGGAGCGCAUUGUGGAGUCGGCGAGGCUGUGGGCCAUUUCGGUGAGCUUUGGGUGCGUCAACUCGCUCAUCAGCAUGCCGUGCCGCAUGAGCCAUGCCAGCAUUGACGAGAAGACGCGGAGGGAGAGGAAUCUGCCCGAGGACAUUAUUCGCCUGUGUGUUGGAAUCGAGGACGUGGAUGAUUUGAUUGACGACCUGAGCAGAGCGGUGAGUUUUUGCGUGCACGCCCCAUUGAUUGCCAGUCCAUGUGGAGGCUAACGGCUCGAUGCAGCUGGUGCAGGCGGGUGCGGUUCACAUCACACCGGAUGGCUUCCGCGCCCUCGGUGCAGGAGAGGCACCUCCCUCGACGUCGGUGGCCUCCAGCUAAGGGGGGCCAGGCGUUUCAGUGCCAAGUCACCUCUGCCAUGGGCAUCUCUGCGUUCAAUGUUUGGAAGAUGCGGAGGAUGCGAUGGGUGACGUGAUCUGUCUCGUUUUCGCUGUUGUUCCUUGGUCAGAGAUGGUGUGGAUGAUUGUGUGUCUGUGUUGGCUUCCUCGGCACUCUCUGGUUUCUAGUCACCUCUGUCACAUUCGUCAAGAGGAUGUGUUAACGUGAUAUCGUUUGUUUUUCCUUUUUUCUUUUUCUUUUUUUUUUUUUCUUUCCACCUGGGCAGUUCCAUGUUGGCUUGGAUAUGGUAGACAUGUUGGGCAAGAGCUUUUUGGGAAAGGGAAAAGGAAGGAAGGAAUAUCUAUCUGCAAAUCCAGUCCCCGUCCGUC